CUUCUCGCAAUUUCUCACGUUGCUGCGAUUUGCUGCAAUCACGAUCAAGAUUGUUCCAGCUUGAUCAGGUCGAAGUAUCUCCUACAUCAUGCCUUGUAUUGCUGCCUCAUCUGCGGUACUCUUAAUGCUUCCGUAUGUGAUACUUGGAAACAUCAUUGACAGUUCCAGAGGUGACUGCGACACCCUGGACCGAGACUUGGAGUUGAAGCUAAACCAGCUUUUCAGUCUUCUUCCGAAAGCUUACAGCGAUACUCAAUUUGGCGGUACCAAGAUUGGAAACGAUCUGCUUACCAUAGGCAACGCUACCAUCACCCACCUGAAUCGACUUGAACCGUCCAGCAAAUACCAAGUCUUCUGCACAAAAGACGAGAGGAGAAUCAUUGCAAACCUUCGUUCCGAUGUCCUUGAGAUUUCCUAUCCCUGGAAGGUCUGCUCUGGAGACCAAGGCCGUAUUUCCACGGUGAGCCCGAUGGUGGGCCUAGAAGUUGUAUUUCUUGUCAGGGAGACAGACCAAGGUACAGCAUUGAUGGUAUCGAGAGUGACGCCUUUAUUACUGGAAGGGAUCUUAGUGCAUUUCUUUGGUGCAGGGAUGUUACCGGCCGCAAUCGUUAGUAUGGCUGUUAACUUAUUCCCGGGACCUUUCAGGUACUACUGGGUGAUGGUCAUGCCAGAGUUCGUAAAGAGAGCUCUUAUGGAUACCCUCGCUCAGAUGCAGUAGGUUCUCAUUGUAAGCCACCGAGAGCAGAAAUAUAGAUAUAUGCUGCAAAUUCUAAGAUUAGUGGAAGUUUGAAACGUUGUACGUCCCCUCGCGAAACAGAGAUUCCUAUGUUGUAUUCAAGGCUGUUUCUCUCAUAAGGGGUAAUUUCUUUUGUAAUUGUUGGCGCGUGGAUAAAGGCGUCAUAUAUUAGAAGUUUUAUACCCGGCUAUGCAGCAUUUGUCAAAAUAUAUUUAUUGAAACACUGGCUUUUUUGUCAAAAUAAAUUGAUUUUUUUUGCUACAAGA